AUGCACGACUACCGUACUCUCAAGGCUGUCGAGAAGGCGAAACACGAAUUCCGCGCGGGACCAUCCAUUAAGAGGAACGUCGUUCCAAACAACAAUAUUGCACCGUUCGAUUUCACAUUCGAAAAUAAACUGGAAUCUCAAGAAAAAUCAGUUUUGAAUCAAACUUUUCAUUUGGAUUCGAACAAGGAAGAGCGAUUACGCGAAUUUCGCAUUGAAGACGCGAUUAACGGAUUUCUGCCAAGAGCACGAAGUAGCGGACCACGAAGCGAGAUGAGUCGAAGCGAGGACGUACGAAGGGUUCGCUCCGAGACCGCCUCGCUGUUCUCAACGACGUGCAAAUUGCCGCUUCUCGACGGCACAAUGUCGUGCGACAAAAAAUCGUGUACGGUUCGACCAUGGAGUCGGACGCAGGACGAGUUGCGCAAAUUCAAAGAAACCCUCAAACAGACGACGUCGACGGCCGCUUCAACGUCAAAUUCGACCUGA